UCUAUUUAUAAAUGUUGUGCUAGAAUAAAAUAAUUUAUAAGAAAACUGAAUAUCCCCCUUAAUUGAAAAAAAAGAAAGGAAAAUAAAAAUAAAAAUAAAAAAGAGCAGAGAAAGAAACAAACACUGCACCGUCACUGGGAGUAUAUAACUACCAUCACCCACUCACAAUUCCGGAAUUAUCUCUGAAUCACUAAACCCUUUCUUCUCCAAAUCCAGUCACUCGAGGAGAGAGACGAGUAAACACAGAGUCACUGGGGAGAGAGAGAGAGAGAGAGAGAGAGAGAGAGAGAGAGAGAGAGAGCGCAUUUACCCCAUUAAUGCCUCACUGCAACAAAGCGUGAUAGAAAUUACAGAGUGAGAGAGAGAGAGAUAGUCAUAACUCUUGGCGUUUUCUUUGCUAUUUGGUUACAGGCAUUCUCUACGGAUUACAAAAUCAAAAGCGUAAUCCUGUUUGUUCUCUGAAUCUAUGGAGAUGGAUCUCAGCAAGGUUACUCUCGACAUUUUCACGAAGCUGGAACAGAAAUGGCUUUCGCACUGCGACACCACCAGGAAGACACGAAUCCUUAGCAUCGACGGCGGUGGAACCACUGGCAUUGUCGCCGGAGCUUCUAUUGUCCACCUCGAAGACCAGAUCCGCCUUCAGACCGGUGACCCUCACGCUCAGAUCUCCGAUUUCUUCGACAUUGUUGCCGGGACUGGAAUCGGAGGCAUUCUCGCCGCCCUGCUUGUCGCCGACGACGGCUCCGGCCGGCCCAUGUUCACUGCCAGGGACGCUGUUAAGUUUAUGGCGGAGAAGAACUCGGAGCUCUUCGAGAUCAGGCACACCGGGGUUUUCCGGAGGAACCGGAGAUACUCGGGCAAGAGCAUGGACAGAGUGUUGGAGGCGGCGUUUCGGAGGGAGGAUGGUAAGGUGCUGACCAUGAAGGACACGUGUAAGCCUCUCCUCGUUCCUUGCUACGACCUCAAGACCUCCGCUCCUUUCGUUUUCUCACGCGCCGGCGCGUCCGAGUCUCCCAGCUUCGACUUCGAGCUGUGGAAAGUAUGCCGUGCCACGUCGGCAACCCCUAGCCUGUUCAAGCCGGUCAAUGUGGUGUCGGUGGACGGAAAAACCUCUUGCUCCGCCGUAGACGGCGGGUUGGUGAUGAACAAUCCAAGUGCAGCCGCCGUCACGCACGUUCUCCACAACAAACGAGAUUUCCCGUCGGUUAACGGCGUCGAUGACUUGCUCGUCCUCUCCCUAGGAAACGGUUCAUCGACCAUAUCCUCCUCGCCGGGAAGGAAACUCCGCCGUAACGGAGACUGUUCGACGUCCUGCGUCGUGGACAUCGUGCUCGACGGCGUUUCCGAUACCGUCGAUCAGAUGCUGGGGAACGCUUUCUGUUGGAACCGUACGGACUACGUUAGAGUCCAGGUGAGCGGUUUGACGAGCGGCGGAGACGAGAUUGUGGGGGCGACAAAAACGGCGGAGGAGUUAUUGAAAGAGAGAGGCGUGGAAACGGCGCCGUUCGGAGGGAAACGGUUACUAACGGAGACAAACGGAGAAAGAAUCGCGAGUUUCGUGCAACGUCUUGUUGCUUCGGGAAAGUCUAGCCUCCCUCCAAGCCCUUGCAAGGAAUCUGCCGUUAACCCUCUCGCUGACGGCCGUUGAAGUUAUAAAAAAAAUUUUUUUUUUUUUUUAAGAUCUACUAUUAACCCCCGUGAUGUAAGUUUGUAACCAGACCACCAGGGUUAAUUUUUAACCCCGCAUCCCUCCUCCUUUUAUCUCCGAGUUAAUUAGCCUUUGUUUUAAUUAAUAAUGACUUAAUAACAAAUGAUAUAGUACUAAGUACUAACCAAAACGAUGUACUUACUCUACGAAUAGUUUUGCUAACAAAGCUGUCUGCGUGAUCAAGGCCCC